AUGACAGACUCUCAAGCGCCUGGUGCGAAUGCACCUUCAAAUGGCAAGCCAGAAACAACCGGAUUUAUCCCUGGUGAUGAUACAUGGACACAAUUCCGGAAUAUCUAUUCCAUCCUCACGGGCAAGAUGUCCAACGAGGGAAUAGAACAAUUUCGCGUGGCGCGAGAUGAUCGCAACGAAGCUGCAGACUGCAAGCGCUGCGAGGACCAGCGAGACUAUCUUCUCCAAUAUAGUCCCACAAUUCGUUUCCUCAGCGAGAGCAUUCAACAAUUAGGCGGCGACCUUCAUAACCACAAUAUCUACUGCCGUCGCUGUACGGAUCGAAAGGGCGGUGGUUUUGACCCUGAAUAUGGCAUUCUGAUUUGCGCCAACGAAAUGAAGGAUCAGGGACACCUCGAAGACACCAUGGCCCAUGAGAUGGUUCAUGCAUUUGACCACCUAAGAUUUAAGGUUAACUGGUCGGACAACCUUCGACAUGCGGCCUGUGCCGAGAUUCGAGCGAGCUCGCUCAGUGGGGAGUGCAGAUGGGCGCGGGAGUUCUUUCGGAGAGGGCAAUGGAAACUCACGCAGCAGCACCAAGAGUGUGUCCGCCGCAGAGCCGUUCUGUCCGUGAGAGCACGCCCGACAUGUAAAGACGAAGCCCAUGCCACCAGGGUGGUCGAUGAAGUGUGGGAUAGUUGCUUCAGGGACACCCGCCCAUUUGAUGAGAUUUACCGAUGA